UUACGCAAGUAUAGCGCCAAGCAGCCGGCGCAAGCGCACCGCCAGAAUACGCAGCGAACUUGCUCAUUGUGGUUCGCUGCACUACGAGGACUUUUAAAUAAAUGUAGUUUUGAAGUGAACAAAUAUUGUUGGUCAUACGGGUGAUUAGUGAUAGUUGAAAUGUCUUUCAAAAGUGUUUUGUUUUUGCUGACUGUGUUACGUGUUGGAUGUGGUUCAGUUGAUAUAGGGAAAUUCCUGAAGAUAUGCGACAGAAAUGCUGUGGAUGUGAACGAUUGUCUAGUGGAAGCCAUCCAGAAGGGUAUCGUGGCGAUGGCUGCAGGUCUCAAAGAACUCGACGUGCCCCCUCUGGACCCUAAUCACGAGAAAGAAAUUAGAAUAGUAUAUCAAAGGAACCAGAUUUACGCCAGGAUGAGUAUGAAGGAUAUUUAUGUGGAGGGACUGAAGAAGAGUACUGUCCACGAUGCUAGAUUACGCGCAGACGAAGAUCGAUUCCACCUAGAAGUAGAUAUGACUACGCCGCGAGUUUACGUCCAAGGAAACUAUUUCGGUGAAGGACGAUUCAACUCCCUUACAUUCAACGCAACUGGAAUGUUCAAUACUACUAUGACUGAUCUAGUGUAUACCUGGAAGCUGGACGGGGUCCCAGAGAAACGAGACAACGAGACCUACGUCAGGAUCAAGUCGUUCUACAUGCGACCUGACCUGGGGAACUUGGAGUCUUACGUGUCCAACGAUAUUCCUGAGAGUCAGGCCAUAAUUCAGCUAGCGAACAAUUUUGCGAAUGCAAACUGGCGGCCGCUAUACCGCGAGCUGCUGCCGUACGCGCAAGCCAACUGGAACAAGAUCGGCAUCCGUAUUGCGAACAAACUCUUCCUCAAAGUGCCGUAUGAUAAGAUGUUCCCUAGGGAUGAAUAGGAUUACCUUUUAUACUUCGUGUAAGAUAAUUUUGGUAUAAAUAUAGCUUUAUUUUAUAACGA